AUGCUAGGUCGCCUGUGCGCCAAGGCGGUGAAGGAUGCCAUUCAGGAAGAGGAGGAGCGACAAGCAGCUGAGGUGCAGCAGGAUGUCAAUGCCGCGCAAGCCGAAGUAGAUGCGGAGGUUUCCGUCAAGAUGAAGGCCAUCGAGGAGAAGCUCUUGCUGGACAAGGCCUCUCGCAUGAAAGAGGCGGAGGAGCGGUUGGACAAGGUGAUCGCCGGCAGGCUGAAGGAUGCCAAGGCAAAGCUGGAGAAGGAGGCCGAGGCCAAGGUAAAGGAGGGCCGGCAGCAGGUGGAGGCUGAUGCCAAGAAGGCCGUCAGCGAGGGGAAAGCAAAGGCCGUGGCGGAGCACGCGGAGAAGGUCGAGGCCGCUGAGAAGCGGCUCCGAAGCGCCAAGGAUCGGCUCGCCAGCCUCAAGGGAAAGCCGGAGAAAGGAAGCUCAGAAGAGCAGAGCGAGGAUGAUGGCGAGUCUGAGAGCGAAUCAGACUCUUAA